AUGGGUCGAAAAAAAAAGAAACAAACAAAACCUUGGUGUUGGUAUUGUAAUCGUGAAUUUGAUGAUGAAAAAAUUCUAUUACAACAUCAAAAAGCAAAACAUUUUAAAUGUCAUUUAUGUCAUAAAAAAUUAUAUACCGGACCCGGUUUACAAAUUCAUUCAAUACAAGUACAUAAAGAAAAUAUUGAUAAAGUACCAAAUGCAAUUAAAGGUCGAGAUAAUAUUGAAAUUGAAAUUUAUGGUAUGGAAGGUAUACCAGAAGAAGAUCUUCGUGCACAUGAAAAACGUCUUUCGGGAAAAGAUAAAGAUGAACCAGAUACAAAUGAUACUAUUAAAGUACCUCAACCAAUUGGUAUGCCACCAAUGCCACCAAUAGGUAUGAUGCCAACUGCACCAAUGAUGCCAAUGGCUUUUCCUGGUAUGCCAUUUGGUAUAACACCUAUGCCAUUACCUAUGAUGCCUCCUGUAUCAAUGAUGACAUCAUUACGACCACCACCAGUACCUAUGAUUCCACCAACAUCUGGUAAUUCAACAACAGCAAAUCUUAUUCCAACUAAACCAUUAUUUCCAAGUGGAGCUACUGAUACAAAUAAUGAUACAAAUUCAUCAUCUAAUUUAACAACAAUGGUAUCAGCUGCAGCAGCUAUAUCAAAUUUAUCAGCUACAACAUCUGGAUCAUUACCUGGUAAUAGAGGAAAAAUUGAACCUGUUGCUGGUACAGCAAAAAUUAUACAUCCAGAUGAUGAUAUAUCAUUAGAAGAAUUUCGUGCUUCAUUACCAAAAUAUAAACAAAUGAUGAUGCCACAACAAAUGCAAAUGCCACCAAUGCCUGCUGGUCUUUCAAUGGCUAAUUUUGUUCGACCUCCAAUGGGUGGUCUACCAUUUAUGGCUCCACCAGCAGGUUUUCCACCUAUGGGAUUUAAUGGUCCACGUUUUUGA